AUGACAACAAGCAUUCAAAAAAUGCAAUCGAACGAUCUCCUUCGUUCAUCAGCGUCUCCGUUUAUGGAAUCAUCUCAAAUGUUUCCUAAUAAUUUUCAAUCGCAACUGAAUAUGCUCUACGCUCUUACACAGCAACAACAUCAACAACAACAACAACAACAGAUUUCACCGCCAGAUUCAAAAGCCAAACGUAUCAAAAAAUCAAUGCCGUUAUCUAAUGAUCUUCCUACUCAAGUGCCAUUGAUAUCCGCCACUGAAAGUGCAUGUCUAAGUGAUCGGGAAGUCGUAAAAGUCGUUACCACAGCAGGUCCGCAAUGUGUUGAUAAAGACUUUUUAACUCAACUAUUGACAAGAAAGGAUGUUAUUCCCGCACGUAAACGUCGUGACUUUAUUCCCAACGAUAUGAAAGAUGAUCAUUACUGGGAACGACGACGUAAGAAUAAUCUAGCUGCAAAACGUUCGCGAGAAAAACGACGUUUAAACGAUAUUGUUCUUGAAACCAAAGUUGUCGAAUUGACCAAUGAAAACGAAGCAUUGAAAGCUAAACUUCACUUGAUGCUCUCUCAUUUGAAUAUGAAAGAAAUUGAUAUGGAAAGUUUGUUUGAAGAAGAACAACGUCUUGGUCACAUUUGUCUCAAACCUGCAACGAAUGCUUCGGCAAUUCUUGCUCAACAUGAUACAGAUAAUGACGAUGAUCAUUCUUCCUAUGAUGAAUUUCGUCCUAUUCAUCAACAAUCGAAACCGAACAACGACAAUAUGGCGAUUGAUUUAAGUCGCACAGAAGUUCAAACAGGAAAUCUACUACGUAAAAGUCCAUCGCCACUCACGCCAUCGCCUUCGCCACCCAAUGAAUCUUUGUUACAAAUUCUUGCUAAUCAAAUGUUUCACGCCAAACCUCAAGAAACACCGUCCUCAUCUUCAUCACGUUUACUAACGAUUGCUUCACCACCUGAAAGCAAACCACAGAAAAGAUCUUACAACCAAAUACAACAAGAUAACGAUCAGCAGCAAAAAUGGGACGAAGCAGCAAUGACAUUACUUUCAUUAAACAAACCUCAAUCGGCGCCGCCAGCAGCUGCACCCGUUGAACAGCAAGCUGCACUUCAAUCGGUUAUCAACGGUCUUCUACGAAAACCGAACCCUCCCAAAGCAACUAUCGAUUAUCAUAGUCAACAACCUUCGAGUGAAAAUUUCACAUCAUUUGAACAAUGGAAAACGUUGAUGAAUUACUUUUCAAUGCCGGCAGCACAACAAUCAACAUCGUUCAAUCAAACGAUUACUCCUGCUCAACAGAUGCAAGCUCAACCGCAAUCACACGAGCCACGUGGUGAUAUGAUGCCAUUGAAACUACGAAUGAAGAUGUUAAAUGCCAAAAGUUAA